AUGGACGUUUUGUUUCCGGCCGCCAUUUUGUGUAGUGAAACCAUUGCCCGUGUCCGGUUUGUGGCACCGAGCGGUAUCGUUGAAACCAGGCUCUGAGUCGGCGAGGGUGUCCGGUGACGGUCCGGUUGGAGCUGAGUGGGGUCUCCGGGUCCCCAAUGACCCGCUGGACUCGGGGAGAGAGAGUCUUCCACAGCGGCUGUAGGCCCCAGGCCUUUCACUGCGAGGAGGCGGCCAUCUCGUUCGUGUGAGGACAGACUGCUGAGGGCUGAGACAUACAUAUCUAGAUCCCAAGUUCCUGCCAGGGCUCUCCUUCAGACAUCAAUACCAAAGUCACAGGUCCCUAAGAGGACCAAGAGCAACCAACAUGGGAGAACAGCUGAAUCCAGAGUGGAUCCAGCAGUACAAUGCAAGCAGUGGUAUGGAAACACCAAUGCAUGAAAAUCCUGAAUGGGAAAAGGCACGCCAAGCUUUAGCAACUAUUCAGAAAGAUAACUCUAAUUCUGCAACUACUAAAGGAGCAGCCAAUGAUCAAGCAAGCACCCAGUAUGCAGCACAGCAAGGAGACGCUGCAAUGCAGCAUCAAUAUUAUCAAUGGUAUUCACAGUAUAAUUAUACGUAUCCAUACAACUACUAUUCUUACCCCAUGAAUAUGUAUGGGGGGUACCCCACCACGGGGCAAUACAGCAUGCCAGGUGCUUAUCAAGUGACUGCCUCACAGCAGCCUCAAACAGUGGUCCAGCAUCAGGGGAAUCCUAACCAGCCUCCUGUACCUGGUCUAGAAGAUAGCAUGUCUUAUUCUACUGUUCAACCACAGGUUUCUACAUCUAAUAACCAAUCUGCUUCACAUCAUCAACUUGUCAAUCAUAGUAUGACACAGUCUUGUCCUCAAGGAGGAUCAUCAAACGGGCAUCCUACUCAACAGCAUCCAGUAUCAAAUUCCAAUAGUUAUAAUCAGCAUUCCUAUAAUGAUGCUUCCAAACAGAAUAAGGGCCAGCAACUGUAUAAUCGAAUGAAGCAGGCCCCUGGUUCUGGAGGACUGAAGUUUAAUAUUCAGAAACGUCCUCUUGUAAUGGCCAAUCAGAAUUUUGAACCUGGUGAGCACCAUGGUAAUUCUGGGCAGCAACAGCAGAAACAUAUGCAUAAUCAACUACAGCACCUGCAGCAACCACAUCUUCAGCAAACUGAAAAGGGCCGUGAUAACAGCAAUCCUACUGCAAAGCCAGAAGAUUGGCCUCCAGCAAUGAAGGACUAUGUCCAGCGCUGUUUCACGGCAUGUGAGACAGAAGAAGAUAAGGACAGAACUGAGAAGCUGCUUAAAGAAGUCUUGCAAGCCCGGCUACAAGAUGGAUCAGCCUAUACCAUCGACUGGAGCAGAGAACCUCUUCCAGGGAAGGAUAGUGUAAAAGAGAGCCCAAAAAAGAAGCGGUGGGAACCUUCUUUUCUCCAAUCACCCCAUGGCAGCACCAUUACCGUCACACAGUCUGCAAGAGGUGGAGGGAACCUACGGGGCCGAUUUAGUAGUUUCCCUACAAAGUUUGGGAAUCGUAAUGUCUUCAUGAAAGAAUCCAGCUCAUCAAGUGCAGGGUCCCGGUCCAGAUCAAGGUCUCCUCCACACACUCCUCACAGACGACACCGCCGCAGUGAUUCAGACUCUGAAAGCUCUGUAUCCAGUAAUGAAAUUCGAGGCCGGAAAAAUUUUCAAAAAGUGCGUGGUCGGGGUGGUCACAUGGAUCGUGGUCGAGGAAAGUCGCAGAGGGGUAAAAGGAAUGAUCAAAGCUUCAAUAAGAAAAACCGGAAAAAAAAUACUAUGGAUUUUGAAGACCCUGAAAAGGAAUUUAAAAGGGAAAAAAGAGCUGCUCGUUUUCAGCAUGGCCAUGGUACCAAGAAGUUGCGAAUCGAACCUCUUGUGCUGCAGAUAAACAAUUUGGAUGCUGGAGGAUCUGAUGGCUUUGAUUGGAAUGAGCUGAAAAUUGUUGGUUCCUGUCAGGACAUAACCAAACAUUAUUUACGUCUAACUGGUGCACCUGACCCAUCAACUGUGCGACCAGUACCUGUAUUAAGAAAAUCUCUGACAAUGGUGAAAGGACAUUUUCAGGAAAAGCAGGAUUAUGCUUUUGCUUGUGAACAGAUGAAAUCAAUACGUCAAGAUUUAACGGUUCAGGGAAUUAGAACAGAAUUUACGGUGGAAGUUUAUGAAACACAUGCACGUAUAGCACUUGAAAAGGGUGAUCAUGAGGAAUUCAACCAGUGUCAAGCUCAACUGAAAUCCUUAUAUGUGGAAAAUACUUCUGGGAACGUCGGAGAGUUUACUGCAUAUCGUGUCUUGUAUUAUAUCUUCACCCAAAACUCUGGUGAUUUAACAACCGAACUGGCGCAUCUGACCAAAGACUUGAAGACUGACCCUUGUGUUGCACAUGCACUUGGCCUUCUGAAUGCGUGGGCACUUUCAAAUUAUCAUCGUUUUUUCAAGCUUUACCGUGAAUCGCCACGAAUGUCGGGGUAUCUCAUCGACAAGUUUGCAGACAGGGAGCGGAAGGCUGCCCUUAAGGCGAUGAUUAAAACUUUUCGGCCGGUGCUGCCAGUUUCCUACGUUCAGUCAGAAUUGGCCUUCGAGAGUGAGGAAGAGUGCCAGAGUUUCCUGGCUUCUUUAUCUUUGGUGUAUGCAGGGAGCGACGUCAGCAAGAUUGACUGCAAGCAGAGCUUAGCAGUCUUGUCAAACUUCUAAAUUGGUCCCUAUAUAUAUAUAUAUACAUUAAUGUGUUCAACACAUUUAAUUGUUCACACCAAGUGUGAAAGAUUGUUCAGGUUCUUGCAUUUUUACAUAAAAUGGUCAUUUUUUUUUUUUAUUACUUGCCUCUGGAUCAGAGGACAGAAUGACCACAUCUAUGCAUCCCAAAAUCAUUUUUGGUGAACUAAAAUGGCAAAGAACAAAUCUUUAUAGAAGCAUCACAGUCUUGAAUGAUUGUUUUGUUGGCAAGAGAUAUUUUGUGUACAUAUAUUUAUAUAUAGUAUUUUCAUCCAGUAAUUUCUAUCAAUUGGCAUCAUACCCAUGGUUUUAAAGAAAAGUUCAAGUAUGAUCUGAAACAGUAUUUGGCUCCAAUGUUAAAGUUUUGUAAACUUAAUGGAGUUGUGCUCUAAAAGUGUUAAGUAUACAGUGUUUUUGUUUCCAGAAUGUAGUUCUGUAAAAUUUACAUCACACUGCCUCAUUGGGAGUUACAUACACAGGACAGGAAGAGCUGACAGGUUACUGUAGAUGAAACAUGCAAAGACGUUUUCUUGAGGGAAUGAGCAAUUUUAUUUAAGCACAACAAAGAAACUAGAAAGAUGACUGCAUCUAUCACUAAAUUUCAAACAUUUCAGUAGGCUUCCUGUAAAUAAGGUUUCAGUUUUUUUUUUUGUGCUUUAAAUGUAUAUUUGUUAUCAAAGAUUACUUUUGAUGUAAACAAAAGAUUUUUAUUUUUUGUAAGUUUAAUUUUACUUUUUUUUUUUUUGUAAAUUGUAAAUGUUUAUAUGGUCCUGUUAAUAAUAGAAACUAACAAUGUCUCAGUUUCUUCUCUCUUUACCUCGUCUGUACAAGCCUCUGUCCAUCUGCUGCACAGAAGUAUACACAUGUAGCUGUGGAGAGAAGGCAACACUCAAAAAUAAAAGCCAACUCAAACAUUGGGAGAAAACAAGCUUCAUAUGCAACGCUUCUUGGUGGAAUAAGAGACUUACACUUUUAAAGAACUUUUAUCAUCCAACAAGUCUUCAAAAGAAGAUUGGCGUUCACAUGAGUUCAAGAACAUCACGGCACCUGCCAAAAAUGACCUGGAACCAUUUGCUGCUGGAUCCUUGCCACCAGUGAGAAGAUCCGUUUCAAUUUGUUUAAUAUAUUCAUAUUCUUUUCCUCCUGUCCCCACCUCCCUUUGUUUUAAAUUUUUUUUUUUUUCCCCUCCUUUUCCUUAUCCUUCUUUAAGAGCAAAAUUAUACUUUGCUCCCCCUGUUUUUGCAGGUAAAUAUUAAGUUUGUCCACAUAUUUUAAUACCUUUUUUCCUUCACCUGUCAGAAUUAUCUGUAUUUUCCAUCUCCACCUUUCUCUUAUACAGCACUUUCAUUUUCUGAGCCUCCCCUCUUCUCCCAGCUUGGAAGAUGUUACUGUUUUGACAAUGUGCAAUCAUGAGCAACCGAUAGCUGCUCUUCAUUUGCAGAUUGUUUUCAUUUUCUCCUUUCAAUAAAUUGAGUUGCAGACAA